ACAGUGUAGUAUGCAUUCUUCACCUCACUGUGCUCACUCUCUAUGUGACCACACUCACACACUCUUCUCUUUCAAACCCUAAUAACUCUGCAACACCCAAUUCAUGGCCAUCCUAUGUCAAUCAACCGUUACUUUCUCGCUUUCCUUCAUCUCUACUCGGAACGAUUUUACUGGCUUCACUCGUUUCCCCUGCUGCGUCACCUUCCGAAGAAACCAAACUCGCUCUUCAACUCGUCUCCCAGUGUUGUCCCGUCUCAACUCGUCCAAAUCCUCCGAUGCCGGCGGUUCUGUCUCGCCGGACAACGGGGACGUUGCCUAUGAGCUCCACCACGAUUUUUCGCUGCAGCGGCGGAGGCGUGGAUCACCAGUGUUUGUGACGCUGCCGGUGAAUUCGGUUAGCCGAGAGGGCCUGGUUACAAGGCCUAAAGCGAUGAUGUUUUCACUCAGGGCGCUAGCUAUGGCUGGUGUAGAAGGUGUGGUUAUUGAGAUGUGGUGGGGGUUGGUUGAGAAGAAUGAGCCUAGGGUUUAUGAUUGGAGAGGGUAUAAAGAACUCGUCAUGAUGGCGUGUAUGUGUGGCCUUAAGGUUCGUGCUGUUCUUGCUUUUCAUCAGUACGGUACCGGACCUGAUGAUCCUAACUGGAUACCACUUCCUCUAUGGGUGCUUGAUGAGAUACAUAGAGAUCCAGAGUUAGCAUAUUGUGACAGGUUUGGAAGAAGAAAUACUGAAUACAUUUCCCUUGGAUGUGAUAGUCUUCCUGUUCUACGGGGACGCUCUCCUAUUCAAGCAUAUGCAGAUCUUAUGAGGGACUUUAGAGACACUUUCAGGCCUUCUCUUGGUGUUAUCAUUACAGGUGUACAGAUUGGCAUGGGUCCCAGUGGUGAACUAAGAUAUCCUUCAUUCUCUUCCCAGAAGCCAAAUUUGGCUUGGCCUCCUGAACUUGGAGAGUUUCAGUGCUAUGAUAAGUAUAUGCUUGCUUCUCUAAAUGCCUCUGCAAGAAAUAUUGGAAAGCGUGAAUGGGGAAAUGGUGGUCCAUUUGGUACUGGAAGUUUGAUGCAAAAUCCUGAGCGUACUGAUUUUUUCAGAAAUGAUGGUGGCUCUUGGAACACAUCAUACGGUAAAUUUUUCCUUGAUUGGUAUUCAGAUAUGCUGCUGCUGCAUGGGGAAAGAAUUUGCAGAGAAGCUGAAACUAUAUUUAGGGGUACAGAAGUCCGUAUAUCUGCAAAAUUAGCUGCCAUUCACUGGCACUUUGCCAUCCAAUCCCAUCCAUCAGAGUUAACAGCGGGCUACUAUAAUACUUAUAUUAGGGAUGGAUACUUACCCAUCGCUCGCAUGUUUAGCAAGUAUGGAUUCUCAAUGUGUUGCUCUUGUUUUGAGAUGGAAGAUGCAGUUAUGAAGAAGAUCAAUCCAGAUGGUAGCCCUGAAGGUUUUCUUAGACAGCUUUUACUGGCUGCUAGGUUGUGUGACAUAUCACUUGAAGGUCAAAAUUUUUCAACCAAUUUGGAUGAUGGUGCAUUCACCCAGGUGCUGAAGAUGUCGAAUUUUUACUCAAAUGGGAUCGAGAGGCGCCCUUUCUCAUUCAACUUUGUAAGGAUGGACAAAAGAUUGUUUGAAUCCCGAAAUUGGGAUCGGUUUACUCGUUUUGUGAGGCAGAUGUCUACUGGAAGCAUUUUUCGAGCCAGAAUAAAUUCUCUUGGUGACAUACGGUUGAAGACCGCACCAGUGGCAGCAGAAGUGGGACUGUUGUAUCAGCUAUAUCAGCACUCUUGAAACUAGUAUUGGCCUUUGUUCCUUAGGCAUGUUUAACAAUACUUCCAUCGUUGCGAGAAAAUCUGUUGACCUCUGGUCUAGUGUUGUGAAAUGUGUAGUAACUGUUGAUUCUUCGCAUGAUUCUUUUAUUGCUUUUCAGCAACACGUUACUUCUCCAAGGUACCACAUUACAUUGCCUUCCAGAUUUUUUUAUAUGGGUGGCAUGUUGUACCUGUAUUUCGAGUAGAAAGAGAACAAUGCUGAAACCAGUUACUGUUGGGAUCUUAGUUCUUCACAGCCUUCUCUUUUUAGAUCUUUUAUUCUGUUGAGGUUUUAUAUAGUUUGUCGUAGAUAUCUUGAGAGCAAAUUGCUUGUUCUGAUUUCAAACUCGUGUACAUUUACCAUCAAUCUUAUUACAUUUCAUCUUGGUGUUGAGAAAUUAUUUG